CUGAAUAUUAAAAUUUGGCUUUCUCCCAAGUCCUAAUUUCUUCAAAUCCAUUGGGUUUAUAGCCCUAACAAUGGGUUUCUGGGCUGGUAGUUGUGUUCAAAACAUUUCCAUAUUCAUUUCAAAUUCCAUAAAUGAAGAGGUGUCACUUUUGUUUUCCUCCUCUUCCAUCUGAAUAAAUACUUUAUUUAAGACUAGUAGGAAUCAAACGUUUAUUUCUAUUUUCACUAGCAAAUCUUUUGUCCUUUUGCUGUGAAGAACUUCUAAAUGAAGUCCAUCCAGGAUGAGCUUGCAUUUGCAAGUUGUUUGGAGUUUUGCUUUCCAUUUUGUUUUAUACCUAAAGUAA